GGUGGGAGGAGAGGUGCUUUUUAGCCUCAGGCAGUAAAAACACAUUUCAUUUGUGAAAGGAGCAACAUAAUUAGAAAAUGCCAUGUAGGGGAGGUGUAGCAUGGCGUUGGAACUGUUCUCUACAUGUUUUGGAUCUGCCUUUGUGGACACUAGGGGGCAGCAUUAUUCCUGACAAGAUAUUCCUGACUGAAGCUCUUCAACAAAAAACCUUAAGGUGUACAAGGUCUCUGAGGCAUAUCCUUGGAGACAGGCUAAAUUUCAAGCUAGAAGUACUCCUGCCUCAACUAGGGUCUGGAUGCUCUUUAUACAUUAGAUGCAGGCCUUGCCUUUUGGAAAUUACUCAGCAAAGUAGCUAACAAAUGGUGUUGUAGCUGCCUUGUCUCAAUGGCUGUUUUAGUCCUGGAUUGGACAACAUGUCCUUGAUAUGAUAGUUCCCUGCUCUAGGGUGGCCUGUUCUAGCUAAGCUGCCCUUCCUAUAAAUACGGGUGUCCUUAUCAGAAUCCAGUUUUAAACAUCUGCCCCAGGUGAGCUUGAGGAGUGAGGAAGUGUUUGGAGGAGUGAGAACCAGAGGCAGAUCUCUUGGUCCUGUGUAGAUGGUUAAGACUGGUGGAUGGCCCAGUCAGGACUGGUUAGCUAAGAGAGCCCCCCUGGAGUGCUUGGUUUUUUCAGCCACACAGUUUCUUCUGGUCUGCAGCAUGUGUGGGCUUGCCUGAGUAAAUGUCCAUCAGCCAACUUAGUGUCAGAAUGAAUGCCAGGCUGAGCAGAGCUUAGUGGCCUGUCUCCAGGAGCCCAGAACCAUGUUGGUUCAUCUGCGACUCCUAGGUUUUCGUGGGGCCCGGCUCCAAACCUCAAGAGCUUCUGCUGGGUGAAGUUGGCAAUGAGGUGAGUCUGUCUUAUGUGGUGGAGUGACUACCCAUCAUUUCCAAUGCAUUUCUGCCAGUGCGGGGUAAAUUUGGCCCCACCUGGUCCUGGCUUUUCUUUAUACCCUGUUCCUUUGCCUUGACUAUGGAUGGUUGGACUUACAAGACAAUGGUGCAUACUGGCAACAAACAGCUUUUGAUUUUGCCCUCUGGUUUGAUUAAGGACGCUAUUGCCUUGAAUCUCCACUGUCACCUAACUUGCAGUGUAGAAAGGUCCUGUGUAUGUGGAAGUCAUCGUUACCCAAGAGCUCUGCCCGCCGCUUCCUGCAGCUGAUGUCUGCUCUAGCCUUAAGCACUGUGGGCUGAUGCCUUAGGUAACAGGUUGCUGGUGAGGUUCCUAAGCCAUUUCUAUAUUUCUAAUCUUAACUCAUUCACAAGGGCAGUGGGGUGACAGUAUCAUUUGUGCCCUAGCUUAAAUUCUUAGGUACAGUCCUUGGGAUAUGGUCCAAGGCUCCUUAGGCUGCCCUUCAGAGAUGUCAGGCCCUGUUGAUAGAGUGGGUGUUUCCCCUUACCCCUUAGGUUACUUACCCCUGUGAGGUCUAACCACAUCUGUGUCCACAAGGCUGGGUCACAGUAGAAGACAUUGCCACAAAUGAUAAACAGGCUUGACCACAUCCCCAGCAGUCCUGGGUUCCCACAGUAAUAGAUCCACUUGGAGAAGCUGGGAACCAGGCCAUGGUAGGGGUGCUGAGAGCUCUGGUUCUGAGACAGCCCUACCCUUGGGACAUGAAGGACAGAAUUCAGGCCUGUACAAGAAGACUGGUGUAUCAGGACCUUCCUACAAUGGGGUUAGGAUAGGACCCCAAAGGAUAAGCUAGGUAGACUUCUUGCUUGCUGUCACUUGGUCACCUGGGCCUAGACACCCACCUAUCUGGUUCCUACCUCCAUUUCCCUCCCCAGUGAGGCCUAAAAAGCCUGGUAGAGCUGGGCAGGGACUUUGGGAAAUGUCAGCUCCCACAGGGUAGUCCUGGGCCCCCACUGCCCAUCCUUGCCCCUACCUAAGGGGCAUCCUUGCCAUCCCAUCAUGCUCAGCCUUUCCAUUGCCCAGGAAGACAUAGGGUCCCCACCUUCUUAAAUUUCAGGCUCACAAGUCACUUCCCCGUCAAAAAGUCAUCUUCCUCCAACUAGACCACCCAAUUAGCACCCCACAGCUCUGAUAGGGCUGGAAGGCUAGGCCUUGGUUUCUGCACCAGGAAUGGGAACUUGUAGAAUUGUGGAGUUGCCCAAAUUGGUCCAUUUACCAUCUCUAGCUCUCUUUAAUUGGGUCCAAAUUAUGGGAGAACAGUAGAAGAUGCAAAGCUACCCAGAAGCCACUGGAGAAGAGCCUCUGUAACUCCAGACUGCUCUGGAGGUGGUUACUGCCUGCAGGGUGCUGGUACAGAGGUGUACACCUUUUGCCCCGCCCAGCCCCACCCCACCCCGCCCCCAUGACCAGCGAUUGGCCAGUCCUGAUCACUGGGAAGGGCUCUCAGAAUGAAUAACUACCCCAGUGCUCAAGCCAGAGUAUUUUGUGGAACCUCUAGGGUUAGCGUGCCCAAGAUCCCGUCAUGCUUGGUCUCUGGCUUCUCAGCGUCCUAUGGACAUCAGUUAUAGCUCUUGAACCUCCUUUGCCCGAUGUGAAACAGUAUGAGGUGGUAUGGCCUCGGCGCCUGGCACCAUCCCGCUCCCGUAGAGACCUGCCCUCCCAUGAGGGCCUGUACCCAGAGAAUCUGAGCUAUGCUCUUGGGACCAGAGGGCACAUUUUCACCUUGCACCUUCAGAAGAACAGGGACCUGCUGGGCUCAAGCUACAUAGAGACCUACUCAGCUGCCAAUGGUUCUGAGGUGAAGGAGCAGCUGCAUGAACAGGACCACUGCCUCUACCAGGGCCAUGUGGAAGGGUACCAGGGCUCAGCUGCCAGCUUUAGCACCUGUGCUGGCCUCAGGGGCUUUUUCCAAGUUGGGACCACUGUCCACUUGAUUGAGCCUCUGGAUGGUGAUGAAGAGGGACAACAUGCAAUGUACGAGGCAAAGCAACUGCAUGAGAAAGCUGGAACCUGUGGGGUCAACACCAGCCUGGAUGACCAAGGACCUCGGGCCUUAGAAAUCUACAGGUCUCAGCCCCGGAACUGGCUGAUCCCCAGAGAAACCCGCUAUGUGGAGCUGUAUGUGGUCACAGACAGCCGAGAGUUCCAGAAGUUGGGGAGCAGAGAGGCCGUGCGCCAGCGAGUGCUGGAGGUGGUAAACCACGUGGACAAGCUUUAUCAGGAACUCAAUUUCCGUGUGGUCCUGGUGGGCCUGGAGAUCUGGAGAUGGGACAAGUUCUCCAUCAGCCCCAAUGUCGAUGAUACAUUGGAGAACUUAUUGAACUGGAGGGAACAGAACUUGCUAGGGCAGCACCCACAUGACAACGUGCAACUUAUCACGGGGGUUGAUUUCACUGGGACCACUGUUGGACUGGCUAAGGUGUCGGCCAUGUGUUCCCGGCACUCGGGAGCUGUGAACCAGGACCACCUCAGGAACCCCAUUGGUGUAGCAUCCACCAUGGCCCAUGAGAUGGGCCACAACUUGGGCAUGACCCAUGAUGAAAACAUCCAUGGCUGCUAUUGUCCUAUACCACGGGAGGCUGGUGGCUGCAUCAUGACUGAAAGCUUUGGCUCCGAGUUCCCCAAGAAAUUCAGCAGGUGUAGCCAGGUUGACCUGGAGUCAUUCGUUAUGAAGCCCCAGACAAGCUGCCUGACCAAUGCCCCAGAUGUCAACCGGUUCGUGGGUGGCCCCGUGUGUGGAAACGGAUUUUUAGAGCGUGGAGAGCAGUGUGACUGUGGUACACCUCAGGACUGUAAGAACCCCUGCUGCAAUGCUACCACUUGCCAGCUGGUCAAGGGGGCAGAGUGUGCCUCCGGUGCCUGCUGUCAUAAGUGCAAGGUGAAGCCAGCUGGUGAGCUGUGUCGUCCUAUGAAGGACAGAUGUGACCUGGAGGAGUUCUGUGAUGGCCAGAGGCCAACAUGCCCUGAAGAUGCUUUCCAACAGAAUGGCACACCCUGCCCAGGGGGCUACUGCUUUAAUGGGAACUGCCCCACACUGACACAGCAGUGCCAGGAUCUGUGGGGGCCAGGUGCCCGGGCUGCAUCAGACUCCUGUUUUACCUUUAGCAUCCCUCGGGGCUGCAGUGGCAGUUUGUACCCUGGCAAGAUGAACCGAUGUGGAGUGCUGUUCUGUGAGGGAGGCCAGAAGCCCCUUGAACGCUCCUCCUGCACUUUCUCCUCCGGAUAUGGAGUUUGCAAAGCCCUCUCCACAGACAGCAACACUGGCACCUAUGAGCUAGUACGCCAUGGUAUCAAGUGCGAGGAAGGGAAGGUUUGCAUGAAUGGACACUGCCAGGACCUCCGUGUAUAUGGACCUAAGAACUGCUCUGCUAAGUGCAACAACCAUGGGGUAUGCAACCACAAGAGGCAGUGCCACUGCGAUGCGGGUUGGGCCCCACCCCACUGUGCACAGAGGCUGGCAGAUAUACCAGGUAAACGAGCAGCAUCUGGGAGCUUUCCAGUCGGUGUGCUGGUAUUCCUGGUGAUCCUGCUGGCUGCGAUGGUCAUCCUGGCAGGUGUCAUCAUCUACCGAAAGGCCCAGAGCCAAGUCCAGAGGAGGAGUGUGGCACCCAAGCCCACCACAGGGCUCUGCAACCCCCUGUUCUACACGGGGGACAGCAGCCUGCCAGAUAAGAGCAGGCCUCCAGGCCCUCCAGAGGUGGUUUCAACCAACCAGCCCCUGAGUCCCACAAUGACACCAAAGAGGCCACCCCCUGCACCUCCAGCUGCUGUGUCCGGUCCACCACUCCCAGUUCCAGUUUAUGCCCAGCAGGUGCCAGAUCUGCAGCUUAAACCUGUUCCACCCACCACGCCCCUCCCAAAGCUGAAGCCCAAGCAGGUCAAGCCAAACUCUGCACCCCCAACACCACCAGUCAAGCCUGGGACUGAAGGGCCCAUGCCUGGAGUGACUCAGAGAGCUGGUGGUCCAAAGGUUGCUCUGAAGGUCCCUGUCCAGAAGAGGUGACCAGCGGGCACCCCAGAGCCACUGUAGGCUUGUGGAAGUUUGGAGAUACCAGUGCUCCUGUGGACAUGCUCUUUCAGCAACAGCCCUUACUCAGGCUGGACCUGCUGGCGGGGGGUGGGGGUGGGGGUGGUGGGUGCCCAAAACAGCUUGACCACACAGCUGCCAUGACAAGCUUACGGGCAGGCAACACCCAGAUCCAGGAAAAGCCAUAAGCUGAUACCACACAGGGAUCCACCCAGUAAUGGGCCAGCAUCUAAGGGGAAGUACCUGACACCCCAAAUAUUCCAGCCCUUAAAUAAGAUUAAAUAAGAUUAACAGAUGUCCCUGAGCCUAUUUUCUCUUUUUACCAAGAUACCCCUGGACAAAUGUCAGCCAAGAAGGGUCCUGAACCCUGGAAAUCCCCUCACCCCAACCUCUCCUAUGAU